AUGAGUUCUCCUGCUCUUGAUAGACAGAUACAGGAGUUUCAAUUCCGAAUCCAACAGAAGCUUAAAUUACAGGAUGAAGAAAUUAAUCGAUUAUCAGAUCAUUUAGUAAACAUUAAAUCAAAAAUCAUCGAAACACAGAAGAAUUGUUCUAAAAUCAAUGAUCAAAUAGAGCAAGUUAAAGAAUAUCAGGCAUCUCUUGUCGAAAAACGAAAAAUUGACUACGAAUCAAAAUUAUCACAAAUUCAUGUUAGUCAUCUGCAAGAUGUUCAACAAUUACAAGAAUUCCAAGCUGCUCAAGUUGCUGAAUUGCAAAAGGAAUUUCAAGAAUGCUUGGAUAAAGUCGGCAUUCAAAGCAAAGAAAAAUCUUCAGAAGAGAAUGCAGCUAUUGAAAAUGAAUUAGAUAACGUUAGAACUCUUCUUCAAAGUCUACAGGAAGCUCUCGAGGAAGCAAAAACUCAAAGAGAAGAUGCUUCGAGUGGAACAUUUGAUCAAGUAGCUGAUGUUGAUCGUGGUGUCAUUGAUGAGCUUAGAGAAACACUAGUAAUACGAACUGAAGAUAGAAUGCGCAACUUACGUAGUUCAAAGGCGAAAUUACAGCAAUGUAUUAAUUUAAUAGAAGAUCUUGAUCGCAAACAUGAACUCUCAGUUCAACAAAGGCGUCAAAAACUAUCAGAUUGUCAAAAGGAAUACGAAGAAACAAAGCGCCAGCUCAGCGAAGAACGAAAUGCGCAAAGAGCAGAUGAACAACAAAGACUUCGAGAAGUAACACUUAAAAACAAGAGAUUACAAAGACUUAAAAAGAGACGUGAAGCAGAUCAUACGUCAAACCUCAGACAGACAGCUCUAGAAGCAGAUUUAGUUCGUGGAGCUGGGGGAAUUAAAUUAAAUACUUAUCUCCCAGAAAAUAACUUAAGCGAAAGAGAAAAACUUAACCAGGAACUGGCGAAUAGAAAGAGAGACUUGAAACAGAAAGAAAAACUACUUUUCGAAGCUAGAGAAGAGAAUGAUAGCUUGAAGAGCGAAAUCGGAAAAUUGAAACACAUCAUUCGCUUUGGAUAA